CGCGAAGAUGUUCCGAAUUGCCCUCCAUGGAAUGAUUUGCCCAAUGAGUUGCUGAUACACAUUUUCCAGUAUUUGCCACAUGGAGAUUUACAACAGCUGCGUCUGGUAUGUCGUCGUUGGCAUGAUUUGGCUUUGCUUCCCGAAUUUAAGGAGAAAAAUAAAAUCGUGGUAAAUAAUGAAAAUAAAUCCCUACUUCUGGAAAAUUUGCAAAGAGAUGCGGAUUUGGCACAACGUCUAUGUUUUGAUACCUUGGAAUUACAUGGCCUGGAAUUGGGUGAAGAUGUCCAGUUGCUGUUGCAAUAUUUGGGUAGAAAAGUGAAUAAAUUACGUUUAUACAAAUCGCCUGUUUUUGCCGCCCUGAAUGAUAAUCUACCCGCCUUGGAGGAACUGAUUGUGACUCACAUACCCACUGUGCAAAGUGAUAAUACCUUUUCAAUGAACCUGAGUAAAUUUCCAAAAUUCAAGGGCUUGGAUAUAGCCUGCAGUAAUGUUACGACUUAUAUUAAAACCCAUAUGAUUUUGAAUUUAACCCGUGAGGUAACAGUUAAAAUGGAAAAACUCUGCAUCGAAGUGAAUCGGGAUCAUGAAGAUCUAUUGAUUUACACCCUACAAUGUCAUGCGAAAACUUUAAAACAUUUGGAGAUUAUUUUGCGAUCCACACCGAUUAUGAUUGUGAAAUGGAAGCAGGUCUUUGCAGCCUUGGAGAAUUUGGAGACUUUAAAAAUUACGGGGGUAUCCUGCUAUAUGUGGCUGAAACAUGUUUUUGAAUGUUUACCCAAGGAGGCACCUUUGAGGCAUUUAGAUUUAAGUGGUGGUCUGCAGGUUGAUGAUCCUUUGAUAAAAUUAAUUGUUAACAAAUGGCCCCAUAGUCUGCAGACCAUGGAAUUGAUGUUUUGUAGCUGCCUAACCGAUGAGGGUGUGAAAAGCUUAGGUUGCCUUAAGAAUACGCUGAGAACUCUAAAUAUAUCCCAUUGUUCCAAAAUAUCUAGCCAAGGUUUAUUACAGGGCCUGGUCCAAGAGAUCAAUCCCAUAUUGACCACAUUGGUUCUAAAUGAUAUCACAGAUACCGAACCUGAUAAUAUGUGUUUGGUUAUGCAACGUUUGCCGAAUUUAUGUUACCUUAGCCUGGAGAGUUGCCGCGAUGCUGUUACCGAUGUGACCUUGGAGAAUAUUUUUCGAAAUCAACGACGACUGCAACAUUUAUUUUUAGACGAUUGUAUGCGUAUUAGUGAUGAAGGUCUUUUGGGUUUUGGUGACGAACCAGCAGCUAUACAUAACCUCAAAGGGCUACAAACCCUUUCGCUGCGUGGUUGCCGCAAUCUCUCCAAUCGUGCCUUGGCUAAGGGAUUGAAAUUCUGUGAGCUACGAAAAUUGGUAUUGGGUUAUUGCCAUAAAAUCUCUUCAAUGGGUAUUGAGGAAUUGGUUGAAAAUUGCCCUUCUCUUGAGGAUUUAACCAUCUCCAGUUGCCUCAUGAUUGAUGAUGAUGCUAUGCUGCACAUAGCUCAAGGACUGCCACGUUUGAGGCGACUCAAUGUUAGUAAUUGUAUAAAUUUAACAGGGAAAUCUAUUGAUUAUGUUGUGGAACUGUGUACAUCUUUGAAAGAGCUUUCAAUGUGUGGUAUAGAUUCCUUGGAAAUUCAAGAGGUCCAGGAUAAAUUCCUACAAAUGAAACCACAAAUUUGUGAAGUUAAUUUAUAAUAUGGAGAGAGGUUGCAAUUGCUAGU